UGAUGAUGAUGAUGAUGAUUGAAUUGUUGUUGUAUUUCUUGCUGGUGUUUGGCCAAGGCCAAUUCAGCCAAGAUGGAUGUUCGAUCAUAAUCGAUUGGAGAAUGGGUGUAAUACACCUUCUCAAAUCGACUGAAUCUGACCGAUUUGCGUCGUUGUCGCUCUGAAUCGGUGGCAACAACUUGGUUGGUGGAUGCUCUUGGAACGACUAAACAAGAGGCGUGCGUU